AUGGCUUCCGAGGAUGAGUCGCAAACCCCUGAUCAUCAUCAUGAUGAAAAAGACUGGGAGGCCCACAAAGAAAUCUUUCGACAAUACUACAUCGAUCAAAACAUGACCAGGAAAGAAGCCGCGCAACAUCUCAAAGAGCAAUAUGGCUUUGAUGCCACUCCCCGCCAGUGGGAGCGCAAAAUCAAGCAAUGGAACUUUUCGAAGUACUCGAGUCGCGAAGAGAGACUGAUGCAAAUUGCGAAGACUGGCAAAACGAUAUUCGAAGUCGGUCGCCCGGGUCGAAGACCUCGAGGUCACACAGACGAGUCCGGCAGGCUUCACCCCAACGAAGAUCGAAAUCUGCGACGAUUUGCGCGCCGUGAAGCUAGCCGCUCAAGGUCUCGGUCCCGAUCAACUUCCUUCACCGAAAGAACACGUCCUCAAUUGCAACAGGACUUUCCAGAAACAUCGUCUCACGCCAUCACUGACCAAACAUUCAAUCUUCAUCUUGGCAAUCCCGUAUCCUUCCAUCCACCAAGCGAAGGAUUUACUGUUCGCGCAGUUCCUGCAGCCGGGCAGCCGGAGCAACCAGUGCAGCUACAUUUGCUGCAAGAUCAGCAGCCGUCUACAUUUGGCAACCUUGACGAUGCCAACCUUUUUUUAACCAUUGAAGACAGUCAGUAUGCCUCAUCUGGUGGACAAGAGGCGUUCCCAGCCUUUCCUGAUGACUUGAUGCAACUGGCAAAUCCAGUAGGGGUCAAUGGGCAAGACCCAAACAUUCAAUUUCCACUGGAACAGAACGACACUGUCAACUACCCCUUGGAUCCGACAAUGGAGGUCCCUGUGAACUUUGAUCAUUUUGGCAUGACAGAUAAUAACCUACCGAUGGACCCAUCUAUUUUGCCGAAUAGUAACAACAUGAUGAGUGAACCACAGCUGUACCCCAGUACUAACCAAAUGCCUCCGGGGGCUAACGAAAUGGGACGGUCGAUACUCGAUACUAUACCUGUUCUCACCUUUGACAUCGUAGACCCCGAUGUUCCAAGUACGUUGUCGACGGCCACUCAGAGCAACUUUCAGAACAUGGGAGAUCUCACCGACGAUGGCACUCAUAGCGCUUCUGACAGCGGCGGUCCAUUGCAGACCGAUGUAAUGCCCCUUGUUGAUGAGUAUACCGGGGCAGUGCAAGCUGCUGCAAUGUGGUUCUUGAGCAACCAGCUCUACGGCGAUACUUCGACAGACAAGCUGACCGAUAGUAUCGAUCAACCGGGACGGAUAUUUAAGGCGAGGAUGGAAGUCAUGCUAGACAACUACGCCAAGUCGCAGCAACGAGCUCUGCAAGCCAUGCGAGACAAAUGCAACAAAUUGAAGAAAAAGAACGAGAAGCUGGAAGAGAUCAUUAAUAGAAAUAACCUGCUGGCUACCGAAACGAUGAUGAAUUCUCUUCCUGGCACCUCGUUGCAAGAACCGCCAUCGCAAAACUACAUCAUGCCAUAUUCAACUGGUUUCUGA